GAUAUAUUUUGGGUGAAGAUUUGCGGCCCCAGACUGAGAUCUGCUUUAUGAAAUAGUCUUCUCAGAAUGCAGAUCAUCUUCUCCCUUGUUUUAGCGGUAACGACCCUGCUGAACAGCCAAAGCCUGGAGUGCUCGAAUACCUCAUCACCAGUGGCGACCGACUCUCUGAAGAAGUAUGGUGUGGUCACUGCGUCCUCAGUCUACCGAGUGUAUUACCUCGUAGUGGGCCUUUUUCACGCUAUACUCGUCACUCUUCCACAAACACAGCAGCAAGCGCUUUGCCCGAAUUUAGAGCAUGCCCGACACGAUCACCUUGCUCUCACUUGCAGAACCACAACUGCUCUCGCAUUGAUCUGCCUCGGUAGUUGCAUUCGUAUCUUCGCCUUCUGGCAACUAGGCUCAUGCUUCACGUUCUCUCUCUCAAAGCCUGAUCGUCUUGUCACUACGGGUAUCUAUCGCCACGUUCGUCAUCCAGCAUACGCUGGAUUAGCCAUCCAGGCCUCUGCAGCGUUGUAUUUCUGGGCAAGAGAGGAUGGUGUACUUGCAUGUUUAAUGCCAGAUCUACCACUUUGGCACGUAGUGACCAUUAUACAUUGGUGGUUCUGGGCUAUAUGCCUGCCGACGAUCGGAUGGGUACGAAUCAAGGAAGAGGAGGAACUGCUAGAGAAGACGUUUGGUCAACAGUGGAAGGAGUAUCGUCACACAACACGCAUGUUGGUGCCGUUCCUCUUCUAAGUAGGGAUAGGCGGGCCCGAGUGGGUCAUGCCAUUUUAGAAGAUAGCUUGCAUAUGGUACACGCAACCACCGUGUUCCUCGGGACUAGCGGUGGUCGGCUGGAAGCUCUUGCAUGACAG